AUGGUUUCCUUCAAAGGGGCCCGAUGGGUGUCUCUCAUCGUAGCCAGCGUGCUCCCAUGUGCUACGCUAGCCACUGCCAAUCUUCGUGUGCAGAUUUCUGUGGCUGAUGACAUACUCAAAGGCAGCAUCAAUGGUCGCGUGGUGCUUAUGUUCGCACCCAAUGGCACCGAUCCCCUUGACGACACGGAUGUCACGUCCUCGCCGAACAAGAUGUUUGGCAUGAACGUCUUCGACUUUGGUGCCCAAGACGUUGUCACAUUGUCUGGUGGUGACUCGAACAACACUGCGACUGGUGUUUAUGGUUGGCCACUGGUUAGCAUGGACGAAGUAGCAGCUGGCGCCUACCGAGUUCAAGCCUUUUUGAACCCGUAUGAUCAAGUCAAGCGCGCCGAUGGUUCUGAGGUAUAUCUCAAAUUUCCCUGUGGCGAUGGUGCACCCAAUGUCGCAGGUGUUGGAAGUCUUACUACGCCAGCAAUUGAUCUUGAGAUACACGGUGGCUCUCAGACAAUCAAACUCGCAUUUGAUAGUGUAGUGCCUGUUGACGCAUUCGCAGGCAAGGAAAUCGGAGGAUGUUCUCAAGGUAACUACGCCGACACGGAACGGUUGAAGUACGUGAAAAUCAAGAGUAAGAAGCUGAGCCAAUUCUGGGGUCGCGAUAUGUAUGUUGGUGCGAAUGUCUUGCUUCCCUCGGGAUAUGACGCUACGGACAAGAAGACUCGGUAUCCCGUGCUCUACAACCAGAACCAUUGGACCGGUGGCAACGGUCCUUACGGCUACUCUACCAAUGCCGCCUUCUCAGCGGCAUGGGAUAAAGGUAUCAUACCUGGGACAGACGGUGCCGCUGACCGACCAGCACCGAAAUUGAUCAUUGUUGCCUUCCGUCAUGAAGCUCCAUAUUAUGAUGAUUCUUAUGGAGUGAACACAGCCAACUUGGGGCCUUAUGGUGACGCCAUCAAUGAUGAACUAAUCCCAUACCUCGAUAUGAUAUUCAACACCAUCGCUGAGCCAUAUGCUCGAAUUCAGGACGGUGGUUCAACUGGAGGGUGGAUAUCUGCCGCCAGCGUCAUCUUCAGACCAGACCUCUUCGGCGCCUGCUUCUCCUCUUAUCCAGACUCCUUGGACUUCCAUAUGCAUCAAGCUAUCGCACUGUACAGUAAUAAGAACGCCUACGAAAACGCCAACGGCGAUACAGUCAAUUCGAUCCGCACCUUUGAUAACGAUACCGAGAUCAUUCUGGCGAGCACUGCACAGGAAAACCACUGGGAGCUUGUCUUUGGAACUUCUUCUCGCUCUUCAUUGCAGUGGGAUGUUUGGAAUGCUGUAUUUGGCGUCCAAGGGCUGAACGGCUAUCCCCUAGAGCCCUGGGACAAGGUUACCGGCGAGAUAUACCCCGAGUCGGUUGAAUAUUGGAAAGAAAUGGACCUCUCGAACUACAUCGCCAGCAACUGGGACAACAAAAAGAAUCUCGGAGAGGUGCUGCGCGGGCGUAUUUACGUCUACGUUGGUACUCAUGACAACUACUUCCUAAACGGAGGUGUGUCCGAGUUCGAGAAGAACGUCAAUGGCCUUGGAGGGCCCAACUGGGCCAACGUCACUAUAGCCCCGGGUCAGAACCACGGCGGGAACUAUCAACGUCGUGCGACGUGGGAUUAUCUCGAGCUCGUCGCGAGCUGGAUCCAGGACCAUAGCCCCGAAGGCAAGACUCCUCUGCUGAAGAAGGUCACUAAGUCUUCGAGCCGGGGAAACAAGUUCGAAGAUGUCAUUCGCGUUGGUGGACACGGAGCUGCGUUGAAGCGUCAGGCAAACCCCGUCCUUCAUUAUAAGGAGAAAGUCAAGUGCGGACCCACCAUUACCGCAACCGCUGGACGAUGGGAUCCCGGCGUCAUCCUCAAGGCACAGUGGAUUGUCAACGGACACCCGAGUGGCGCGGCUUUUACAGUGAAACAGGGUGAGAAAGUCAAGUACGCUUCAGGUACGAAGAAGGGUAAAUACCAGUUGAAGCUACGCGUUAAGGGUAUUAAAAGGAACUAUGAAGAUGAGAUUAGGGAGAGCAAUCCUGUCCUAGUGGGAAGAUAA